AUGAUCUCGAGGUUGCUUGCAGAGGCCCCUGCUGUAAGCGCCGCUCUCCGUUCCAGGACACUCCUCAACCAACCCAGCCGCUCACAGCCCGCUCGUCUCCUCUCAACGGCUACUAUCCUCAGAAUUCACCCUGGAACCAACACUGCCACCAACACAACAGCAGCUCAGACAACCGUUGCUGCUGCUGCAGGAGUCGCCAGGCGUGACCCCUUGGCCUGGACCUCUCGUUCUGCAGGAGUCCAGCAACGCUUCUACAACAGCAGCUCCGUCAACAGCAUAGGUCGCUUGCGCUUAUUCUCUGCCACCACCGGAUCCCGCCUCGCCUCCAGGGCAUUUUCUUCAACCGCAUACCCUUCUUCGGGUCGUCACACUGUCCCCGGUCGCCCCUUUGCACUCCCUCGUCGUCACUCUGCGCUCCAGUUUUACAGGACACGACAUGGAAACCUUAUUGCCAGACGUGGAAUUGCUGCCACGGCUGCCCCCCGGUUCAUAAUGCAUGCCCUCCGUUUGCCCAUGGGUGCCCUCACCGCUGGACUUGCUAGUCUUUCCUACGCUCAGUACAAAGUCACAGAACUCUCAAACAGAGGAAGUGACUGGGCCAUGGGGCUGGCAGAGGAUGUGAAAGGACUUGUAACGUCGGUCAAGUCCACCAUGAACCAAGUCCACGUCCCAGAGUUGGCCCUUCCUGACUUUUUGGUUCCUCUUUUCCGUGGCGUGACUUUGGACGACAAGGAACAGAUCGUGAGCAGUGAAGCCACUUACUUGGACGCUCAAGAAGGACCCCGCUUCAUCCGCAAGUCAUCGACAACAGGAGGCAACAACAACAACGGAAACAACGACAACAACGAGGACCCUCAGCAUAACCGUGAGGCGGCGGCGGCGGCAGCGGCAGUAGCAGCGGCAGCCUUGGCUAAAUCAAAGUCCGACGAACAGGAUAGUCCACGCCCCUCAGGAAUCCCACCUCACGACGGUGACUUCAUGCUGCUGACCAAGAAGCUGAUCGAAGUCAGGAAUGUUCUCAACUCGAUCGACCACAACGAUACCCUCAAGCUGCCUAGCAUUGUCGUCAUUGGAAGUCAGAGCUCUGGAAAGAGUUCAGUUUUGGAGGCCAUUGUCGGACACGAAUUCUUGCCCAAGGGCUCCAACAUGGUGACUCGGCGACCCAUUGAGCUCACCCUGAUUCAUACGCCCCACACUAAGGAAGAGUACGGAGAGUUCCCCUCUCUAGGCUUGGGCAAGGUGCACGACUUUAAACGCAUUCAGGAGACUCUCAGGGAUCUCAACAUGGCUGUUCCCGAGUCAGAAUGUGUUUCUGCCAAACCCAUUGAACUUCGCAUCUACUCCCCCAACGUUCCGGAUCUGACCAUGAUCGACUUGCCUGGAUACAUUCAAAUUACAUCCAAGAACCAACCCAUUUCCCUCAAGGAGAAGAUUUCAGAGCUGUGCGAGAAGUAUAUUCAGGAGCCCAACAUUAUCUUGGCUGUGUGCGCCGCGGAUGUCGAUCUAGCCAACUCGGAGGCUCUCAGGAGCAGUCGAAAGGUCGAUCCAUUGGGAUUGCGGACGAUCGGUGUUAUCACCAAGAUGGAUCUGGUCGAGCCUGAGCGUGGAGUUGCAAUUCUGAGAAAUCAGGACUACCCUCUGCAUCUCGGAUAUAUCGGAGUCGUCUGCAGGGCACCUGGAGGAUCCAGCAAGGAGAACAUUACGCAGGCUGUCAUCAAGACCGAGGACGCGCAUUUCCGGAGCUCGUACCAGUACAGUCAGCGAGGCGUCUUUGUCGGCACAGGAACUCUUCGUCGCAAGCUGAUGGAUAUCCUGGAAGAGAACAUGGGCUCCAACUUGGGAUCGAUCAUCAAGGCGGUCCAGAAGGAGUUGGAUGAGACGCGAUACCAGUUCAAGGUCGAGUACAACGAUCAAAAGAUGAGCGCCGAGUCAUAUGUGGCCGAGUCUGUGGACAAGCUGAAACAUCGGUUCAAGGACUUUUCAAGGGCGUUUGGCAAGCCUCAGGUCAGGCUGGAGAUCCGACAUAUGCUGGAGCAGCGCAUGCUCGAUAUCUGUGCGCAGCGGUACUGGUCCGACCCCAGGAUCAACGAAUUGCCACAACUGGAUUCGGGCUCGACUGCUGAGGAGGAUCGAAUUUACUGGGAUUUACAGCUGGAGAUGGCCUCGUCCGCAUUGACAAAAUCCGGUGUGGGUCGUCAGACUACCCAGCGCGUUGUUGACAUUCUUUCCAGGACAAUGGAGCAGUUAGCUGAGGCAGAGCCCUUUAACCACCACCCCGACGCAGCCAACACCAUCAAGACGAUGACGCACGAGAUUCUCAGCUCUCGUAGCCAGGCCACUGCAGAUCAGGUCGAGAACACCAUCAAGCCCUUCAAGUACGAGGUCGAGUGCACGGACAGCGAGUGGACUGAAGGUGUCAAGCGCGCCAUUGCCCUUGUUCAGACCGAGCUGGAGAUGUGCGAGGACGCGUUGUCCAAGAUUAAGACGACGGUCGGAACCAAGAAGCUGCGCAAGGCCAUCAACUUUGUGAUCGAGUCGGAUCGCGAGGAGGCGAAGAGAGCACAGCGUCGUGAGGCCGUUGCCAAGUUGAGAGAGUCGAACCCUCGUCAGUAUUUGGAGGACCAAGCACGAGUCAGUCGGGACAACCAUUCCUCGGAAUCGACAGAAGCCCACGGCGAGCACAGCCAGGACGAUGAUACCCAAGCCCCGGAGGAAAACCGAUCAGUACCAGAGGACGAGGAUGAGCUCGAGGCGGCGAUGCGACCCCAUUUCAACCCCAAGCUGUUGGUGAAGGCACGAGAGGCGCUUUCGUUGCGGGACCGGGCAUUGAUCCUGAAGUAUCGGUUGUCAGCGCUCAAAUCCAAGACGUGCAAGAACUCAAAGAACAAGGCACAGUGUCCCGAGGCGUUCUUGGCAGUUGUGGCGGAGAAGUUAGCGUAUACGAGUGUGAUGUUUAUCCAGGUGGAGUUGAUGAACGAGUUUGUGUUCCAGUUGCCACGGAUGAUUGACAGUCGUCUGGGGGUUAAGACGGGUCAGGAGGCGAUGGAGAAGUUUGCGAGAGAGAACCCGCUUGUGGGUAAACACCUGGAACUGAUGGAGAAGCGGACGAAGCUUGAGGAGGUGUGGGAGAAGCUGAACUACCUUGUCCGGCGACAGGAAGAGGCCAAGGCGCGCAAGUGGUAA